UAGGUUUUGGUCGGAUUGGAAGAUUGGUUUUACGAGUAGCAAUAUUCAGGGAUGAUAUUGACGUGGUGGCAGUGAAUGAUCCUUUUAUUGAUGCUAAAUACAUGGCCUACAUGUUUAAAUAUGACUCUACUCAUGGAUUAUUCAAAGGAAGCAUUAAGGUUGUAGAUGAUUCAACCUUAGAAAUCAAUGGGAAGCAGAUUAAGGUUGUGAGUAAAAGGUAUAUAGCUAUGAACUUCAACUGCACAGUUCCUAACAAUCCAAAGUUCCAAUGGAGCAACAAUUGCUACAGAGUGGAUCUAAUUUGCUUCCAUCUCAGGCACAACAACCACAACAGCAAAUUGUGUCAGAGAUUCAGUCACAGCCGCAGAUGCAGCAACAGUUGGGUUUGCAACAACAGCCAAAUCCACUACAACGUGAAAUGAGGCUUCAACCAUCAG